AUGAUGUGGACAUAUUCAAUAAUCCAAAUCUAUGCAUCAUUGCUGUUGAUUUAUCAAUAUAAUGCUAUAACCAGUCCAAUUCCACCAUUCGUUGAAUAUGCACACUCUGCUGAACUUCAAACGAAUGUUGCUGAUCUUUGGUGGUCUGUAAAUGAUACCCAACAAGAGAUCACCUUUGAAUUGCAUAUUCGAAGUCUUGGUUGGAUUGCCUUAGGAAUUAGCCCAGCUGGAGGUAUGAAAGGAGCCGAUAUUGCUAUUAUGUGGGUUGAUUCUCAAGGAAAAGUUGUACUUCAAGAUCGCUACGCAUCGGGCGAAUCCAAACCCAUGAUUGACGAUACAACUCAAGAUUGGUUUGCUUUGCAAGGUCGUGAACAAAAUGGCUGGACAGCCAUUCAAUUCAAACGUCUACUUGACACGUGUGAUCCGAUGGAUUAUACUAUCAAAUCAGGAACAAAUAAUCUGAUAUUUGCAUACGGUCUUGUCGAUCCUGAUUCUACUCAAUCUAAUGGUGAUAUUACAUAUCAUGAUACACGACGAGGUUCACGCCGCAUUCCCCUUCGCUCAUACAAUGAUCCACCAUCAGAAGGCAAAUUUGCUAAUCUUGAAACAUUCGAAUGGCGAUUGAACAAUUAUCUCGUUCCUUCCACCGAUACUACUUAUCAUUGUAAAGUACAUAAAGCACCAAGUCAUCUUACCACUCGACGACAUUCCAUUGCUCACAAAAUGAUAAUCGAUCCAGCGAAUAUUGAUCUCGUCCAUCAUUUAUUAUUGUAUGAAUGCGAUCCUGCGGCUGUUUUCGAUGAGAAAAAUCUUCCUGAUGGUUUAUGCGAUGAUUUUGCUGAGAAACUAGAGUUAUGCUCAUCCAAUAUUGCCACUGGUUGGGCUGUGGGUGGCGAUUUCCUGCUGGAGUUUCCGCAAGAAGCUGGAUAUCCUAUCGGUGGUGAUUUCCCAGUCAAAUACUAUCUACUCCAAAUGCACUAUGAUAAUCCGAGAUUACAAUCAGGUCGUCGAGAUAGUUCUGGCAUUCGUUUUUAUCUUAGUAAUGAGCUUCGUGGACAAGAACUCGGCUUCUUGACAUUAGGAACAUCAUCAAGUGUCAAAGCUCUUGCGAUUCCACCCAAAGUCAAUAAUUUCAUCAUCGAUUCAUACUGUCUACCUGAGGCUACUCAAAAUUUUCCAAAGGAUGGUAUUACAGUUACAGCAGCAUUUCCUCAUACACAUUUACAAGGAAAAACAGUUUGGUCUAAAUUGAUUCGUAAUGGUGUAGCUGUUCAAUAUCUUUUCAAUGCUGAUGCUUUCGAUUUCAACUACCAAUUUAACCAUCGGCUACCAGAACCCAUCAAACUCUACCCGGGUGGAGAGAAAACGAAAAAUGAAAUGUGCCUAAAUAUGUUCACUUAUUAUCCUCGAAUGAAUGAUAUGUAUAUGUGUGCAACGGUGAAUCAUCCUUCCGCUUGGAAGAAACAGAUGAAUGUAUCGGAAGCACCUAGUAGCGCCGCGAUUCAGCGGUGGCUGCAAAACAUCACAUGGACGCAUGAGCUAAAAGAACAAUGGCAACAAUUUUACAAUAACGCUCCACGAAGAGGUUUUUAUGGUCGAUCCGGACAAUUUCAUUCGAAAGAAAUCAAAGUAUUACCUUCUUACAAAGAUUUACCAUCGGAAACUUGUCAGAACUCAACUGGCACUCGGGAAACAUUGAAUCUUUUCUUAAUGCUUGCUCUUUUCUGUCAGCUACUGAUUUCGAACUCAUAG